AUGCCCGCCGACGACACUCUGGCGCUCGCGACCGCCGACGAUGGGAACGAUCAAUCGUUCAUGACCGUCGAGAAGGCGCCGCCGAGGCACGCACGCUGGCUCUACCGCCUCGACGCCUUCAUUUCGCGCAACGACGGUCAAGCCAUCGUCCUCGUGACCCUCUGCAUUCUCUUUGCGUGCAGCCUCGCGCCAUUGGUAGUCUGGACGAGCGCGUUUAGCUACGCCAACGCGGCCUGGCGGGUGUGGACGUACAUGGCCGACACGGGCUCGCAAAACGAAGCGGUCGAGUGGCCGGAGCGAGCUGUCGCGCUCGGCUCGACCUUGCUUGGCUUUGCCUACUUUGCCGUCGUCGUGGGCUUUGUCGUCGACGCGAUCCGAGAAAAAAUGGAAGUCCUCAAAGAAGGGCGGUCCCAAGUCGUCGAGUUGGGCCACACGCUCAUGCUCGGGUGGUCCGACAAGUCGCUGUCGUUCUUGAAAGAAAUCUGCAAUGCCAACGAGAGCGAAGGCGGCGGCACGGUCGUUGUCCUCGCAGAAGAUCACAAGGACGAGCUCGAAGCGCUCAUCGACACGCAGCUGACCAAGCGGCUCGGCACGCGCAUUCUCAUUCGCCACGGGAGUCCGCUCAUCAUGACCGACUUGCUCCGCUCGGAUUCGAACCUUCUCCGCGUCAUCUUGACGCUGCAUAAUUUGCCUCAACUGAAUGGACACAUUGUCGUCGACGUGUGCGACGGCGACAACGAAUCGCUGCUCGAGCUCGUCGGCGGAGACGUGCUCGAGACGGUCGCGUCGCAUGACGUCAUUGGCGAAAUGAUUGUCAUGUGCAGCCGGUCGCCGGGCUUGGCCAACGUCUACGCCAGCCUCCUCGGGUUUGGCGGCAACGAAUUCUACAUUGAAACGUGGCCCGAGUGCGACGGCGUCCCCUUUGGCGAGCUCCACGCGCGCUUUCUUGAUGCGAUUCCGAUUGGCAUUCAAGAAGUGACGGGGCGCGUCGUCAUCAAGCCCGCAACGCACCGUCGCAUGGCACCCGGCGAGGGCAUCCUCGUGCUCGCCGAAGACAACGACUCGUACAAGGCCGCGCCCCCCGUGCCCAUCGAUAUGGGGGCUCCGCUCUCGCUGGAGCGUCCGCGGCCGUCGCCUCAGUGCAUUUUGAUUGCGGGCUGGCGCCGCGACAUUCGCAAUAUGCUGCGGCUCCUCGACAAGCUCAGCGUCGCCGGAACGGUCGUUGUGCUUAUGAACGACACGCCGAUCGCCGAGCGCAACGCAACCUUCUUGGACGAAGGGUUUAACGUCAAUAGCCUCGUCAACAUCACGGUUCAGCACCGCGUCGGCAACCCCGCGGUGCGCCGCCAUGUCAAUACGCUCGAUUUAGCUGCGUUUGACGCGUACAUGGUCGUCGCCGAUAUGAACCGCGAGGUGAAUAUUCUCGACUCGGACUCGCACGUGCUCGCGACCGUCCUCACGAUCCGGAGCUGCGAAGACGAGCAAAUGGACAAGAAGGGGCAGCAGUACCUCGCCAAAAGCGUUCUCCAAGGCGUGCGCGCGCUGGCGCCGCGGCGCUUGACGCCGUGCAUCGCCGAGGUCCUCGACCCGCGCACGCAGCGAACGAUCGACUCAAACGAGCGUGUCCGACGCAGCAGCGACUUUAUCCAGUCCAACCACCUCGUGUCGCAGAUGAUUGCGAUGGUGUCCGAGAACCGCCUCGUCAAAGGCAUGUUGGCCGAACUCUUGGGCGACCGCGGUGCAUCGUUUGAUGUCGUCCCGUCCAAGCAAUUUUGCCGCCAACAAGAGAAAUUGAGUUUGUUUCAAGUCGCGCAGCGCGCGCUUGCGGUGUCGGACGAGAUUGUGUGUGGCUACCGCAAGAUGGCCGAGACAACCUUUGUGCUCAACCCGCCCCAGAAAACGCGGGUCCAGACGUGGGACGCGUACGACUUCAUCGUCUUGCGGGCCAACGACCGCCAGCGCCACAUCGACAUGGCCAUGCGCGUCACCAACACGCUCGCGCAGCAUUUGCGGCGGUCGCGCUUCCGUGACUUCAUGCGCCAGCACUCGUUUGUCGAAAAAGAGGUCGGGACGACAGACGCGCCCAAGCCGCCCAAGGUCGCCUUCAAGAGAACCCUCGUCGCGAGUCGCCUCUACGACCUCUGGGCCAUGACCGAAGAGCUCUCGACUAUGGUGCGCGACGGAGUGUUACCAGACGACGUCUCGCGGGAUCUCGUCACCGAGUAUUAG